UUAGUAUUACAAGCUACUUUGAACAGGUUUAUAAACUGUUUUUGCACCCUUUUCUAGGAAGAUCUGUCUCCAGUGCAAAUGUAGAAAAGAUGAUCACGAACUGCCGGUGCAGCAACAGGAUCCUGCGGCUCUGAGAAUCGGUCGGUUGUUUGAGAAACCGACGGCUGUGAACGUCAAUGGUGGCGAUGCCGUAGUGACCACGACUGCGUCGAUUACGGUGACGAACUGCGAGGUGAAGAAGGAAACUUUAGACGAUGAGCAGCACCUAGAAGCGAAUUCAGAGACUGAGGAAAAGCAGCAGGUGUUUGCUUCCCGUUUCGAGUGGCUGCCGCCGAACACCACGCCAGAGUCGGCAGAAAUGUAUAUGAACCUGCUUCCCAUUGAUAGACGACCCAUCGUAAAUUCAGCAGGCGCAAUCAACAGGCGCCGGGCAUUCGAGCGUCAGCUGCCUCUCUAUGAUAUUGAGGCAUCGGCUUGUCAUGAUCUGAAUGCGGACGAAUUGAAGAACAUGACGAAGUACACGGAGUAUCUGCAGAGGGAGGUUGUGGGUCAGGGUCAGAUCAAGGAGACGAGAGAAGCGAUAGCGGCGGCGACGACAACCACGACUGAAAUUGGGACUACAGGUCAGACAGAGGAAACGAGUGCAGCGGCUACGAGCACAAUAACUGCAACAGGAACAGGAACAACAGAGGCUUCGGCAGAGCCGGAGAGCAGUGAGAGUGCCGGUGUUGCGACCGCAGCGGCGACCGUAACUUGCGACUGUGCUUAUUGCAGAAAGCCGAUUGGAGUCAACGAAGUGGCAGUGAUCGCCGACAGACUCGGAUCUCACGAGUAUUGGCAUCCUGGAUGCUUCGUGUGUGACACGUGCCACGAACUGUUGGUCGAUCUGAUCUACUUCAUUAAGGACGGUCGUAUUCUAUGCGGACGUCACUUUGGCGAAACUGUAUUUCCGCGUUGCGCCGCGUGCGAUGAGUUAAUCUUUGCCAAAGAAUACACCCAAGCGGAAAACAAAUCGUGGCACCUAAAACACUUUUGUUGUUUUCAUUGCGAUAAACCUCUUGCAGGUCAUCGGUACAUGUACAAACUGGAUCAACCGUACUGCCUCAUAUGCUACGCCCAGCUUUUCGCUAAGGUAAGAAGUGUCGUUAUUGUUAGGGUUAUGUUACCCUGUUUAUAAAU